AUGGAUCAUUAUAAGUUCAGAAGUUACAUGGACAACUCACAGAGAGUUAAAUUCCAGUUUAGUUUUCCUGUCUCUCAUGAGAUAGUCGAUGACGUUAAGGGUGGGUUUAACCCUACUGCUGAUGGAUGGUGUGGUUUUCGGGUCCUUGCCUAUUUGAUCUAUAAAGAUCAAGAAAAGUUCCCUCUUGUGAAAAGAGAUAUGCUUGCUACCCUUCCAAAAUACAGCAGCAUUUACACCAGCACAUUUGGAACCGAUGUUAAGCAAUUAGAAGACAUUAUAAAGCAUGGUUCUGAUCUCUGCAUCACCAACUCCAACUCCAACUCCAACAUCAACCCAGUGUGUUUAGAUGCCAGCAUGUGGUUUAGCAUACCCGACUAUGCUCAACUAGCUGCAGACACCUAUAAGCGACCAGUCUGCAUCUACUCAGAUAACCCCAACACCCCUUCCAUAUCAUUCCUUCCCUUUGCCCUUCCCAAAAACGUAUCAAAACAUCAACAACCUCUGAUUUUCAAUCAUGUUAACAAUAACCACUGGACAACAGUACACCUCUCCCACAAUGUCUCGAGAAAAUGGCCAACCAUUCCUGAGUUAUUCUUUUUGGGUUGUGUCAGAAACCAGAUUCCCAACAACUUUGAUACUUACUGGAACAAGUUUAAAGAGUUCAAUAAGUAUGAUUGUAGAAAUGCGAUGUUCUCUUUUCUUUCCAAUCAAGAGGAACAUGUUGAUCUCACUAUAACAUAA